CCUAUCAUCGAAAGGAAAAAGUUACGUUGCAACAAAACUUAAAUUCAAUUCCACGGAGAAAACUUCUCCGCUGGAAACACAUUGGAGAAGGCGAAGGAAAGUGUUGUUGUCAACAUCCCUUUGUCACCCGGGUCUGGUGAUGUUGUGCAUCAAUAAGCAUCUUACGAGAUAGUGAUAACGGCAAUCAAUCGUUCCAUUUUUCAUUAUGUUUUCGAUGAGAUGGGAUACGAGCCUUUGGGACGCCAGAUAUUGUAUGGUGACUCAUAUGUAUAGAAAACACCGAUGGAUGGUCACAACCCUGAUACCAUGCGCACUUUCUAUUUCAAAGUUAUCAAGUCCUUGAGUGACACGACUACCAAAGUCAUCUAUGAAUUUACUUACGUAGUAUCGAACCGUGCAUUCUCUUUGAAAUACAAACUAUGGAAAAAUUGUAGCUGUACCAUCGACUCACACCCGAUAGCUGAACGUUGUGAAAUGUAGUCUAUCGUCCAGAGGUCAAAUUAGUGGAAAGGACUUACAGGAAGAUGUGGUAUCGUAAUAAUUCAGAUUACCGGAAUAGAAUAAUUUUGUCGUGCAGUGUUAUCUUUCUGCCAAUUUUCUUGGUAAUGGUUGCAAUACAUUGUAGUUAGGUACUUUACUACUGUAAGGAGGCAAGAUAUUACAUGUAAGUUUGCAUUCGUGCUGAUGGUAAUAUUUUAGAGAAGUGCACGCGGACAACCUAGAACUAACUCAAAUAACCGAAACCAUAAAACCAAGAAUAAAAAUUGAUGGGUACUCGUACCCGCUGUGAUUACUGAUUGAACGCACUUGCUCAAAAAUUUGAAAAUCGAAAAUAAAAACGACAACCGCCAGAUUUCCACGAUUAUCGACGCAAUUGGUUUCUCGCUUUCAAAAUAAUGCAGUUGUGCAAUUUAGCCGCAUUUUCCGGGCGGUCUUCGUCCUCUUCACAAAAAAGAUCAAGUAGAUUGUAAAAUCUUCGGUAAUCAGUAAAUCAUAUCGUCCAUCAAAUUCAUUCAUAUUUGCAACAAAAAUGGCACGUGCAGGUAAGUUUUCGAAAGGCUUCCGGACUUAGGUCACAAGAUGUGAACACCUAGGCUCCAUAAGUUUCAAGAAAUCACCACCGCGGAAUGCACAGCUAAUGCAAUUUCUUUGGUCGCUUCCUUUUUAGGAAAAAAGAACGCGAUUGCUGUCAAGACAAAGCCCACUUUGUCCAAAACAAAGUCCACCAAAAAAUUUGCAAAGACUCCGGUCGACACCAUCUUGAAAAAGAUGGCCGAAAUGGAUCAAGUCGGAGUUUCGGUGGUCAAAGAAGAAGUUCUCUUAAAGGCUACCGGAUACGCUCGCAGCGAUAGCAAUGGAUAUCGGAAGGCAACCAAGGAACUCAUAAAGCAACUAUGUUACGUCACAAGAACCACAAAAAAUAAGGUGACUACCUAUUCACUGACCGAAGAAGGCCGCAAGCAUUUGGUCGACACCGGACUUAUCGUCGUCGCAGCUGAGCCACUCAACAACGAAGAAGUCCACGCUCAUUUCAAAGAGAUUCUGAAGAAAUCGGUCAAAGCUCCCGAGUCGAAGCUUGAAAAGGUGUUCGAAACACUAGGAAAAGGGGAUUGGCACACAACCAAGGAUUUGGUUAACGUUGCAGGAUACACGCGCAGCGACUCUUCCGGCUACAAAAACAUCAUGUCCGGUAUGAGGACCCUUGGGCUGUUGGAAAAGUCUGGCAGCAAGGUUCGCUUCUCCGACAAAGCAUUCCGAUUCGGUCGCCCUUGAAGCGCCAUGGUGCUCUUGCAUCGGGAAAAAGAAUGCUGGUAAUCUUGUUCUUUUCCUUUCUCUUCCAUGAAUCAUUUGAGUAACCGUAGCAUAUGAAAAACGCUUUAAUAUACAAUUCUUUUGUAG